AUGACGAUGAUGACGAAGCAAAAGACGAAUUCAAAGUUUACGAAAGCGGCGUCGUUGGCAGCCUCGCUCGCGCUCGUUUUGAAUGGUGGCGUGAAAUUCGCGUCCGCGAAUUACGACGAACAAUCGAUCGUGUGCGAACACAAAACUGCCUCAAUUUCGUGUCCAACCGGGGAGCUCAUCAGCGUUGUCGAUGGUUGGUAUGGUCGCACCGAAGCCGCGCACGUGACUGGGGAACCAGUCGUCUGUCCGCACUCGGCGACGUCGAACAGAAACUGUCCGUUCCAUAAAACCGGGCAGUACGACAGCCAAAAAGCGAAAAUUGGCGGCGCCUGUGAAGGCAAGAACAGUUGCAGCGUGAAGGCGUCGAACGGGUAUUUUGGCGAUCCGUGCUGGGGGACUUUCAAAUACUUGAAUAUCUCGUACAACUGCGUGGAUCCGAGCGCCAAGGAAGACGCGAAGGCUGAAGAAUCCGCGGCGGACUUACAAGCCGCACUCGCGCAGGCACAAGCCAACGUCGAGACGAAUAAAGAUGCCACCGUGUGCGAACAUAAAACGCUCGAUAUUGAAUGCGGAACUGGUACCGUUGCCAAGAUCAACAGCGCGACGUACGGUCGCUUGAAGAACGGGGUCUGCGGCAACGGGUCGAACACGACUUGCGCGGCUCGAGACGGCAAGUACUGCGGGCACGGGAAAAAUCAACAGUGCCAAGACUCUUUCAGCGUCGUUGGAGCGCAGUGCGAAGGCCUUCAAUCGUGCCAAGUCGGGGCUUCGAAUGGUGUUUUUGGCGACCCGUGCUGGGGAACCUUCAAAUACUUGACCGUGAACUACGAUUGCAUCGUACCGAACGAAGAGGAGGCGCAAAAGGAGAUCAAAGAACAACUCCUCGAUCCGUUCAAAGGCCACAUGAUUCUCUCCACGGGUUGCUCUCCGCUUUCUAAGUUGACUUUUUCGACUGGAGAGACGUUUUCCGAUCGCGUCGGCGCUAAGAUCAUCACCAAGUCCAUGGACCCUGAUUUCAAAUGGGACAAAGGUAUGGAGAUGACCGAAGUGUAUUGCGGCACCUUCGCCGUUGACUUCACGCCAGCCGAUGACGAGGAGUUUGGCUUCUAUUUGUACGACAAGUUGGAUCCAGAGAACGAGUUAUCGGCCGUAUCCGACAUUGGAUGCGAAGGCGACGCCGCGAAGUGUCCGGACGGCGAUAUCAUUUCGGCGAUGGAUUCUUGCACGCGAGAGUACGAAUGGAACGGCGCAAAGUCUCGCAACCGCUUCUACAAGGGCGACGAACUCUACACUUGGGGCUCCUGCGACUCCGUCUGCGCCGUCGAGCCUGCGAACUGCCCUUCUGAUUUGGUCAGCGAGACUACGCUCUCGUCUCGUCUCGGUAACAGAGUCCAAAUGCUUUCCGGCGAACAACAACAAAAACCUUCGUUUUUGCGCCCAGAAUCCUUGAAGUACGGCACCUUGCUCUUCGCCUGCGCCGGCUUCGGCGCGCUCGCCGUUCGCAAGUACCGAGAAUCGGCGGCAAACUCUGACUCUCUCUUGACGGAGAAAUCCAAAUCCUCGACAUCCGCGGGGAGAAAGACGACGUACAACUCCAUCGACGUCUAA